AGAGCAAGGCUUGCGUUUGACCUGGACCCCGGAAAUGGCGCUAUGAUGUGAGCCCGAGUCCAUAAGUCCGAGAGCUUCCCGUCGUACAGCCUGUGCAUUGGCCCCGUCUCUUCCGCCCUCUCCUCUGCUCCCCCCACUCCCUCGCUCUGCCCGCCAUGGACCGCGAAGACAUUACAGCAGAGACUCCGCUUAUGGAGCACAUGGUCAUCCCGCCAGUCUUCAAGUCAAUUUCCCGCAACGCUGACAAGUUGGUGGAAUCGCAAUCGCGGCCUCCACUUGUAGACUUUCCAACUCCUUCAUUUACAUUUGCAAAGAAGGAUGUCAGUGGGCGGCGGCUCCCACAAGCUAUCGCCCACCGUGGGUACAAGGCCAAAUUCCCUGAGAACACCAUGGGCGCCUUCAAGGGAGCUGUCGAAGUUGGAGCACAUGCCAUAGAGACUGACAUCCACCUGACCAAGGACGGAGUGGUUGUGCUAUCGCAUGACGCCGACCUCAAGAGGUGUUUUGGGAGACCAGAGAAGAUAAUAGACUGCGACUGGAAACUUUUGAGCGAUUUGCAGACGCUCAAGGAACCUCACCAACACAUGCCGCGGCUUUCCGAUCUUUUGGAAUAUCUCGCGCAGCCUGGUUUGGAAGACAUUUGGGUGCUCCUGGACAUCAAGAUGGAUAAUGACGCCGACGACGUAAUGCGUUUGAUUGGCCAGACUAUUCGAAGUGUCACUCCUUCCGACAAACGUCCAUGGAGCUCCCGCAUCAUGCUUGGCUGCUGGGCUGCGAAGUACAUACCAUUAUGCAGCGACUACAUCCCAGGCUUUCCCAUCACUCACAUUGGAUUCUCUAUUCUUUACGCACGCCAUUUCUGGAACGUCCCGAAUGCGGGUUUCAAUAUGCUCCAACAGAUUCUAAUGACCCCAUGGGGAAGCGCAUUCAUCAAGAAGGCCAAAUCCCACGAACGACCAAUCUUCGCCUGGACUGUCAAUGAUGAGAAGAGAAUGAGAGAAAUCAUUACUCUGCAAGCCGGCCAAUGCGGUAAUAGCGUGGGUUCCCAGUUCUGGCAACAACUCUGUCAAGAGCACGGCAUCAAUCAAGACGGCAAUCUCGAGGAUUUUGCGACAGAGGGUGGUGACAGGAAAGACGUCUUCUUCUACCAAUCGGACGACACGAGAUACAUACCGCGGGCAAUAUUGUUGGACCUAGAACCCCGAGUACUCAAUGCGAUCCAAAAUGGCUCCUACAAGAACAUAUACAACCCCGAGAAUUUCUAUAUUCAUAAAGAUGGGACCGGCGCGGGGAACAAUUGGGGCGCAGGAUACUCGAUGGGUGAACAAGUGCAUGAGGAGGUAAUGGAUAUGAUAGACCGAGAGGCGGACGGGAGUGACUCCCUUGAGGGCUUCAUGCUGCUACACUCGAUCGCUGGUGGAACCGGCUCCGGUCUUGGAAGUUUCCUUCUGGAGAGGUUGAAUGAUCGUUUUCCGAAGAAGCUCAUACAAACAUACUCCGUCUUUCCGGACACGCAUGACCCUGCUGGGGGGGAUAUUGUAGUACAGCCCUACAACUCUUUAUUGUCGAUGCGGAGGUUGACGCAAAACGCCGAUUCAGUGGUUGUCCUCGACAAUGGAGCACUAUCGAGAAUUGCGGCGGACCGGCUUCACGUUCAAGAACCUUCGUUUCAGCAAACCAAUCAACUAGUCUCAACGGUUAUGUCUGCCAGCACAACCACUCUUCGAUACCCAGGCUACAUGCACAACGACCUCGUUGGGAUUGUAGCUUCCCUCAUCCCGACUCCACGUUGCCACUUCUUGAUGACCGCGUACACACCCUUUACAGGCGAAAAUGUUGAACAGGCAAAGACUGUCCGAAAGACGACUGUUCUCGAUGUCAUGAGGCGAUUGCUACAACCGAAGAAUCGCAUGGUCUCGACCAAUCCUAGCAAAAAGAGCUGUUACAUUUCCAUCCUCAACAUCAUACAAGGCGAGGCGGAUCCGACUGAUGUCCACAAAUCCCUCCUCCGCAUCCGUGAGCGCCGUCUCGCAACCUUCAUCCCUUGGGGCCCCGCUUCCAUUCAAGUCGCCCUCACCCGAAAAUCACCCUACGUCACCUCUUCACACCGCGUUUCUGGCCUCAUGCUGGCCAACCAUACCGGCAUUGCCACGCUGUUUAAGCGCACCGUCUUCCAGUACGACCGGCUACGAAAGCGAAACGCAUUCCUAGAGCAAUACAAGCGCGAGGCGCCAUUUGCGGAUGGGUUGGGCGAGUUUGACGAGGCAAGGGAGGUUGUGACCGAUCUGAUUAGGGAGUAUGAGGAGGCGGAGGAGCCGGACUAUCUGAGUAAAGAGGCGGACGGGGCUCCGGAGAAGAAGGAUAGUGAUAAUCCGCAUGCGUAGGGAUGGUGCGGUGCAUCCCCGGGCCGGGUUGGGCGUCUUCUUGGGAUUGCAAUGGCGUUGGUGGCCGGGUUUCUGUUUGGUGAUGUCUCUAUGAACCUCUCUAGCGUUGACUCAUAAGUGUUGCAAAAUUGUGCAAACAAUCACAGCUCUGCGUGAUAGUUAUAAGGUUCGAAGAUACCUGGGGGCCUGAGAGAAAGGUCGCAUUCGGUAUUGAAUCAAGUGAUUUUGACUGUGGGUUGCUAAAACCUUAACCCUAGCACUGAACUUUUGAAC